AUGGGUGCCAGGACAUCAAGUUUCAGACGAGGGACAACCUAUAGCCUCUUCGGAGCACCUGAUGGUAUUUCUGGGGCUACUGCAGCGACGACGACGGGAGUCAGUUACACGUCAACUCAUACCAUUUUCUCUUUGACGGCUGGAGCUGUCGAUAUCACGCUUGAUUUCUUCUCCCCAAUACUUCCGGGACCAUCGGAUUAUGCAGAACMCUCCCUGCCAUAUUCAUAUCUCACUGUAUCAGCUACAGCUGCCGAGGCAACUGAUGUUCAGAUUCUCAGUGGUAUAGACUACACGUGGACAGCGCAAGGUGGUGCUGCCGGCCUCAAUUAUACCACAUCAGGAACAGCUGGUUACUUCUGGUUCUAUAAUCCUGAUCAAACGUAUUAUACAGAAAGCAGUGACAUGGCUACAUGGGGAUCUAUCUUGUUCGGCGCUACUACAGGAGAAAACUUGACAUAUGCCUGUGAUAAAGCAGCCAAUGUUUACAGCAAUUUUACUGGCAAUGGCAUAUUGAGCAACACUGGCACAUGUGGAGGGUCCGAUUUGGCAGCUUUGUCGCAGGACCUUGGUACAGUCACUUCGGGCCAAGUAACAUUUGCCGUAGGCUUCCAGCGUGACCUUGCCAUUAAUUAUUUAGGUUCUUCUCAGACAGGCGUUCAUCGUUCAAGAUGGUGGCUUAUUUCAGAGGCCAUAGAAUAUUUUCUUGGAAACUACAACGAUGCAUUGGUGAAAUCGCAGGCUUUUGACUCAGCCGUGCGUACAAAGUCUGAAGCAGUGUCGAGUGAUUGGGGAUCGCAAUAUGCUGAUAUCGUCGAAGCUAGCGUUCGACAGACGUUUGGUGCGACUGAAUUGACAGUACCAAUUAACGACACGACCAUCUCUCCGCAGGUUUUCCUCAAGGAGAUCUCGAGUGAUGGCAACAUCCAGACUAUCGAUGUCAUGUUCCAAACAUGGCCGGUCUACGUCAGUCUCAACCCGGAGUACCUGAAGAUGCUCCUCCAGCCUGUUCUUGCUUAUUUGGCUACCGGAGCAUGGCCUGAUGCCUGGGUAAUCCACGAUUUGGGUACACAUUACCCUAACGCCAUCGGUCACAGUGACGGCGUCGCCGAGGAGAUGCCACUAUUUGAGACCUCGACUGUAUUCAUCCUGCUGUACGCAUAUCAAAAGUAUACAGGAGACACCAGAUUUGCUGCGCAGUAUCAUUCCCUUCUAACUGGAUAUGCCGAUUACCUCAGGGAAAACGCCCUCUACCCUGCGAGUCAAUUGAUUAGCGUUGACGCUAUUACUGCCCAAGCCAAUCAGACCGGUUUGGCAAUUCAGUCUGCCAUUGGGUUGAAAGCAGCCAGUCUUGUUCUCGGUGACUCAAAAUACUCCAAUACAGCCCACAAAAUUGCAGAAAUUGUAUAUAACGAUGCCCUUGGUCUAGACGGUGCGACACUUGCCGAGAGCAAACAUUUUACUUACUACUAUGGCCAGGAUGACACAUGGAAUGUUCUGUUUCCGGCAUAUUCUGAUGUGCUGCUAGAGUUGAGAACAUUUGACCCAGCUGCUUGGGCAAUGCAGUCAACAUGGUACUCGCAACAGAUGGAAGAAGGAGGCUUACCGUUUGCUGGCCCAAUUACUGAUACAUCUUAUACUGGAUCGGGCAUCAAUUGGGGCCUCGCUGAUUGGAAUUUACUUGUCGCAGCAACUGUGUCUGCAGAUGUUCAAGCCAAAAUAGUCAACACCACUCAUACAUUUCUCACCAAUGGCCUGAACUCUAUUCCAUUUGGAACUAAAUACUACGUCGAAGGAGAUCAAGUUGGCAUUUGGAUCGGUAACGAGGCGCGCAGUACGGUGGGUUUGAGCUUUGGACUAUUGGCCUUGAAUCAAGGUUACUGGGGAAAUUCAUACUAG